AUGGCAGCUUGCAAGGCUAAGGCCUUGAAACUUCUGUUGGGCAUGAUCAGUCUGGCGUUUCUGGCUGCUCUUGCUGGCCAGCCUUCAGUGCAAGUGAGUGUCAAUAUUAUUGGCAAGGAUGGCAACCUCAUAAAUGGUGCUUUGAACUUUUCCAGCCUGGGCCUCUGCCAUGGAGAUUGGGCCAACCUCUUGCAACAUUCUCCAGGUGGCUGCCAAACUUGGGAAUGGCUACGAAAAAACAUGUGGCUGGGCAGGUGCAUAAGUAGUGACAUGGCCCAGGCUUCUUUGGAUGACAUCUUUUUUUUCUUGGGCUGGCUCAUGGCACAUUCAGGUGCCAAGGCUAAGCUUGGGCAGAAACUGGCAGUGGAUAUUGCCCAACAGGCCUUACCCCUGCUUCUCCUGUCUGCUGGGCAGUGGAUGGAUCAACUGGGUUAUAUGAAGUCAGCAGAACAUUUGCAGGCUUUACCAGUGUUGCGAACCAAAGCUGGCAAACUAAGAAAGAUGAUGGAUCCUGUGAACAGGAUGCUUCUUCUUUGGAAGCUGAGAAAGGAGAAGGUUCAGAGAAGGAAGGCUGCAGUUACACAUGAUGACCUGGUGGCUUCAGAAACCAGCUGGGCAAGAAAGGAAGCUCUUGUGGAUUGUGUGUUGCACCAGAAUGCUCUGCUGUCAUUCAUGAAGGGCCACCCCAAACAGGUGGCAUUGAGCUGGGAUCCCAGCAAUUAUGGAGGCAAAGAAAUACUUGUGGUCAUGGGCUAUUCCAAACAUCUACAGAGUGGUUUCUAUGCUUUGAACCAGUGGUUGGCUCGAAUGAAGCUCAGUGAUCUUGAUGACAGCCUUAUCAAGACAGCCAGGGAGAAAAAACUUGAGAGAUUGGAGGGCUACAAUGAAAUUCGAGGCCUGGGGAAAGCUUUGGAAAGCAUUGACAUGCAUUGGAAUGAUUUCAGGGUGCCUGCAGGCUUGGUCCUCAGACCUUUGAUGGCGCACGAGUACAGGGUUCUGCGUCCAGAGACUGGCAGGGUUUGGAUAUACAAUGAGCAAACACAGGCUGCUGUUCCUGAAGUCCCAUUGGACUAUUACCUGGGCGACAUCCCUGCCUUGAUCAGCAUCUCAGAUCAGGGUCCUAUCAAUUGGGCGGCGUUGAACUACUUGAUGUGGUCUAAGCAAGGCCACAUGCUGCUCUGCAUCCGGGACCCCUUCCACAGAGCGUGGAAUGAUUGUAAAAACAGUGCCAAGAAGACAACUUGCAAACUGUGGCGAACUAUUUUGGAGCUUUGCUUGCUUUUCAACCUUUCCUAUGGCCCCUUUGGCACUUCUCAGUUUCAUUAUGCAGAAAGAGCACUUUUGGAGAAUUUCCUCUCAACGGAAACGUUUGCUGGUCGAGCUUGGGGGAAGUACCAGAGCCUCAUUUGCAUGGAAAGGAAAAUUGCAGAACCCAUGAGAGCUGAAGAGUCCAUGGCAAUGUUUGGCCAACUGUCUGCCUUGGAGAAUUUCGUGAACAAGGGGCCUCUCAUCAAAUUGAUGAAGUGGUUCUCUGUGUUUGAAGGUUGUUGCUCAUGGGAUGGUGAUUUUUUUGCCACCAAACUGAUACUGGAGUCGAAAAUGCAAGAUGUGGGUGCUGAAGGUGACGCUGUGGAAGUUGUUCCUCUGGAGCAGGAGGCCAAUCAGCGGCAUCCUAAAGAAGAUGACAGGGCCCAGUUGAACGCGCUCAAGAAAAGAAAAGGCACUUGGGCACUGGCCCCCGGACUGGUCACGGAGGCAUUGAUUGCCAAGAAAGAUGUCCUGAUGUCUGUGGGCAGGGCCAUGUGGAAGAUGCAUGCUGACAGAGCCAGGCGUUUAAAGACACCAGGUGAUGUCUCCCAACAUUACAUCAAAGCAGCUGGGGAGAAACAGUGGGCUGCAGAGCUGGUGGAAAUGGUGGCUAACAGCUUGUGGAGGGAUGAGACACUGCAGCAUUUGCUACCCAGGUGGUGCUUGCAUCCAGAGGUCUUGGGGUGGCAUGUGGAAUUCUUUACACAUCUCCUGGAAGGCAGGGCAAUGAGCCUGACAGCUUUCUACUGUUUGCCUCCUUUCAAGUAUGCCCACUUGCUUUCAGAGGUAUAUGGAACAGCCAAGACAGCUCAUCAGCUUGCUCGAGCUGACUUUGCAGCCUUGCUCAAAGCAGAG